GACAUCGAGAAAAACCCGGAGCUGAAGAAGCUGCAGAUUUACGGGGCCGGCCCCAAAAUGUUGGGGUUGGGGUUGGUGGCCAAAGACAAAACCCUGCGUAAGAAAGAUAAAGAGGGUCCCGAAUGUCCCCCCACGGUGGUGGUGAAGGAAGAACCGGUGGGACCGGAGGCCAAGGUGGAGCCGGUGUCUCCCCGCGCUUACCUGGAGGGGAAGGAGGAGCUGCGGCACAGCCCCGAGCCCUGCACCAAAAUGACCAUGCGCCUGCGCCGCAGCCACAGCAACAGCCAAUUCGUCGAUUCCUACAUCUGCCGGAUCUGCUCGCGGGGGGACGAGGACGACAAGCUGCUGCUCU